CUGUGCCUGGCACGCACACAUGCAGCAAGUGGGGGUCCCGCCGCACUGUCCUCACCAGGCGGCGGCUGCUGGCAGAGGAGCAGCAGCGGAGUUCCUCUUGGAAGAGGUGGCACUCCUCCUCCUCGUCCUCCUCCCCCGGCAGGCAGGGCUGUGCCCGCGCCGGAAAGGGUUAAGCGCUGCCGCUGCUUGGCGACGGCUCCUGGGGAGUCGGCGGCGGCGGCGGCGCUCCUGGCUGGCCCUGCCCUCCUCCGCCCCAGCGCGCAAGCCAGCGAGAGCGCACGGGCGGACGCGCCCUCCAGGCAGGCACCGUGAGCCGCGCGUGAAGGCGCAGCAGCUCCACCGCCGGCGCCCCUCCUCGCCCUGCAGAGCCGCGGCGCGCUCGCUCCCCCGGCUGCCCCCGCCCGCCUUGCGCCCCCGCCCGGCCAGCUCUCCCUCUCCGCGGGUGCCGCCGGCAGGAUGCCCGAAUUCCCGGCGAAGGUCAGCACCCGCACCAGCACCCCCGCGGGGGCGCACGGUGGCUCGCUCCCCGCGCUGCGCUCCUCCGCCGUGGAUGUGGAUUUCCUGCGCUCCCUCUUCGGGGUCUUGAUGGCCGUGGAAAUCGUGCUGGGUUGCUUGGUGUGGGCCCUGAUUGCAGACACCUACUACCAACCGUACCCUUCCUAUGGCUGGGUGAUGUUUGUUGCGAUCUUCUUCUGGUUGGUGACGGUCAUACUCUUUGGGAUGUACCUUUUCCAGCUUCAGCUGAAGCUCUACAUGAUCCCUUGGCCGAUCGUGCUAGUGGUAUUCAACACUGCAGCUGCUGUCCUGUAUGCUACGGCUUUCAUCACGAGCGCCGCAUCGGUCGAGCCCUUCUCCUGGCCACACUCGCCAGAUUACAACAGAAGAGCUGCUGCUUCGUUUUUUGCUUGCCUUGUGAUGAUCGGCUACGGGGUCACUGCUUUCCUCAGCUUCCGGGCCUGGAGAGGGUAUGGCAGUAACGCGGCCACCAGCCAAGCAGCCGUUUCGAAUCAUGCCUGAAACCUGUGGCUUCCUUUGAAUCAACGUGAUGGCUCUUGGCGUGGCAGCUGGGGCUGGCGGGUGCAUGCUCCUCCCUCUGGCUUUCUGUUCCCAGCCCCACCUUUAGCAUGGCCUGUGCCCAGCAUGCCUGCUCUCUGUGUGUGUGUGUGUGUGUGUGUGUGUGUGCGUGGUGUGUCUUGUAAUGCCACCUAGAGCCAGUUAAGUGUCCACCCUUCCCCACCUCGCACUAAUCCACGUCCUUCACAGACUGGCUGUGCAACAGAGACAGAGCACUUGGGAAGGUCAGCAAGGGAAGAGACGAUUUGGGGCUGGAGCACUCCUUCAGGAUUCAUUAGUGGGUAGCCACAGCAUAGCUUGCAUGUGCCAGCUAGAACUCGCAGAGCAUCUGAGGUCUCCCCACCCACCUGUGUUCACUGCUUUCAAACAGACCCAGUGUAUGCACAGAGCAGCCUUUAAAGUGUGAACUGUCAAACAGUGUGACAUGAGAGAUCUGGCUGUGGUGUUAAAUCGGCGUUAGCCUCUUCACAUGGGCAAAAGAUGGGUAUUAAGGUGGUGUGGCCUGUAGGUCUGGUUCACAUGGAUAUAUCUGGCUUGAUGUCUGGCAACUGUGUGUGUGAAUGCCCUGAAAAGGCACUGCGUGUUCAGGGGAGAGAAGAGUUCUCUCAGUCAGGAUUUGAAUGCUGAUGGCCUAGUCAUGCCUGCGGUCAGCGUGCAGGCAUGAGCCAGCCCAGAGGGCGUCUGUCUCCAAGGAGGGCCGCCUUAGCACACUUCACAUUUCAGCACUAAAUCCACUAAAAAGCCACCCCAGCACCCCUUUUGCCAGCCACUUUGCAUUUAUUGUGUAAAUAAUGUGUAAUAAUUAACACAUUUAGUAAUAGCAAGGAUGCUUCGGGUGGAAGUAUACAGCAAGUAUUUUAUUAUUGAUUUCUAAACGAUGAACAAUUUUGUUUAAAAUAAACCUAAAUCUGUCACUCA